AUGAGUGGUCGAGCUCCUUCAGCAAAAUGGCCGCAUAGCCGCCUGAAACCGGUGGCGGACUCCCUUGAGUCCGUAGGAUUCGUGUCAAAGGGAGAUUGCAAAUUGCUAGAUCACAAAGCUCAGAAGAACUAUUACGACAAGAUCAUGGCUAGGUAUAUUGAGUUUUGUGCUCGCCAUUCCAAGAACCUAGAUGAGGCCUGGCUGUCUCUUCCUCGAAGUGCCUCGAACGAUGCAACGAAAAACCCGCCAGCUUCCGUUCCACAGUCAACCAAAUCGGCAGUGUCACCCGGUCCCUCACCUGCCACAGAGUUAUCCACCCUCCUUCUCUCCCUUCGCAAGCUUCGCGAAGCCGUAUUGGCCACUGCUUCGACCACGCCAAUCUCAUUCUCCCAGCGGGUCCAUGUGUUCUCCAUCAAGGUCUCCAUUCAAGCUCGACAUCCGCCGUCCUACUUUCCCUCCCUGCGCCACCUUCUUGACGACCUGCACACUCCUUCUAACCCGUUGCCUGAUUCGGAACUGAAGGAUCACACUUCGUAUCUUAUCCUUGAUUAUGCAUGUCGGCAGGAGGAUUUGGUGGCCGCUUUCGAAUUGCGGGCCCGUGCGCGCAGGCAAUAUAAUUUCCACUCGCGCGAGGUUGAUCAGAUCCUACAAGCCAUCGCACAUGACAACUGGAUUGUAUUUUGGAGGGUCCGAAAGGAGGUCGAUUCCGCCAUGCGCGCAAUCAUGAACUGGGCAGAAGAUCGGGUUCGGCGACAUGCUCUUAAAGCAGUCGGGAAAGCUUAUCUCGGCGUUGACAUUGCAUGGAUUGUCGAAGGCUGCACUGGUGAUUCGACUUGGACAUGGGAAAAGCUGGCAGAGAGAGAGAAACUAGGUUGGGAGAAAGAAGGCGAUAGGGUCAUCAUCCGGAAACCGAGAUCAAAGCCGAAACCCGAGGGCAAUCUUACACCCAUUCAGGAGAAGAGCACGGGUUAA